AUGCAAGGGUUGUCGCCGCAUAGACACCAAUUGGUUGACUCCGAUGCUGCCAUAUUACCUGACUUUGAUGCUCCUGAUCUUAAUGAUCGCAAUGAGCUCACUUACGAACUCGAUGAUAUCAAAGUCAAGUACCAUCCACACAGCGAACUUCCUUCCACUGUACAUCACUUUUCCGACUUUUCCUGCAGCUGCUCUUCAGAGGACCAGGUACCUCGUAACAACUCACCAUGGGAACCCUUCCGGACGCGACUGGACUUCGAAGUUGCAGAGAUCGCGCUUGAAGCUGCAAUGACUGAGGAGCAGACAAACCAACUGCUUGAUCUCAUACAUCGAUCCGCCAGUGGCAAGGACAUAUUUAUGUUACAAAGUUACGAUGAGGUUCACUCGCUUGACCAUCGUCUUGCACCUCACUUUGUAUUUGAUGCUCAACGUCUUUCCAAAUUCAACGGAGAACAGUUUGUUCGCUUCAUUGAUGAACCAUGGACAGCUAACGCCUUCUGGAAUGCACAAUCUCAACUUCCAUUGGAUGCAAAGCUGCUGGUGUUCAUUCUAUAUGCUGACAAAAAUAAAUUAUCUUCUUUUGGAACUGAAAAAGGCUAUCCAAUCAUCGCCCGCAUUGCAAACCUGCCUGUUCACAUUCGCAAUGGUAAUACAGCCCUAGGAGGAGGUCGUGUCAUUGGUUGGUUGCCGAUUGUUUCUGAGGAUCAAAAACAUACAAAAAAGAAGGGCUUUGUAGACUUCAAAAAUGCAGUGUGGCACACUUCCUUCUACCAGCUUCUCCAGUCAAUUGAGCUGCAUUUGAAAACUGGCUACUGGUUUGAAUGCAGUUCCUACAGCUGGGAUCAGAUCCGAUGCCGUCUCUGGCCCUUAAUACUGAUCUUAAGUGGAGAUUACGAAGAACAAUGUGUCAUGGCGUUGAUUCGUGGUGUGAAAGGCAAAUUUCCGUGUCUGGUCUGUCUAGUCCCUCAAGAUGAGCAGUCAGUCAAUCGUGUCUUCGCAUUGCGCACAAGUUGCAAUUCCCAACAGGUCCUUUGCAACGUGAGAGGAAAGCAUACGGAAAAGGAAAAGGAGGAAGCUCUAAAGGCUUAUUCACUCCGAAAUGUAGAGAACAUAUUUUGGAAUUUUUUUCUUGCAGAUGUUCAUCGGGUGGUUUCUAUUGAUCGCCUGCAUAUGAAUUACGAAGGACUAUGGGAGGACCAUCUGUGGAAGGACCUUUUAUUCUGGAUUUCUGAUCUUGGAUGGGACACUGCUACUAAACUCGAUGCAAACUUUGAUGCUCUUCCACGAUGGCCGAACUUGACGCACUUUAAGACUGUCAUGUCAGUUGAUUUCAAUGAUGGCUCGCUUCAUGAGGACAUAUCAAAGCUGGUUCUAUUUACAGCGCAGGACAUCCUUUGUCAAUCACAAUCUAAGCUAGGAUACCUGCUUCUACGCUGCAUCCGCUACUAUAUUGAGUUUGAUAUCUAUGCUUCGUUCGAAGUUCACACCGAGGAUACUAUUGCAGCUGGAAGGGCAGCCUUGAAUAAGUUCUCGGAAUUGAUGGAGGAAUACAUCCCUGAGUCACAGCCUGAAACGAGCAAAAAUUGGAACUUUCCGAAGAAACACAUGAUCAUGCACAUAUUCGAUGAUAUUUUGGCUAAAGGUGCAACAUGUAACUACAACACCAAACCAAAUGAGAAGAUGCAUGGUGAGACAAACGAAACUCUGGAUGAACUCGUAGCAGAUCCUAUCGUCCAUGUGCACUUAGGUUCGAAGCAAGGCAGACAUGCUUUUUCAGACAUCAUGGACACACAUGGAACCGACAGAGCCUUUACCGACUUUUGGACAAAAUUAAAUGGCUUCCCGAACGUGUUCCUACUGCAGAACGGCAUUCCCUUGCCAGAUGGUCCAGGAAGGGCCCUUCAUCUCCGAGCCGAGGAUGAGAUUAUGGAGUUCCGAUUCCUGCGGGUGAACUACAAGUCCAUGGUUGAUUGGCGCCUGCACCAAGACUUACUUCGGUGCAGCCCAAAAUUCUAUGGAUCACCAAGGUUCGAUUGCAUCAUCGUGAAAACUACAGACAAACCAUUCUUCACUCACCUUGUGUACUUGUUUGGCUGCUCAAUUGGUGAUACUGAUCUUGCUCUGGCCCUCAUCCAUCCUUAUGAUGUCGGUAUUGGUGUUCGCCAAAGGCAGGAUGUUGAUUUGGGAUUGUGGUGUGUACGAGCCAAACCUCGCUCAUCAUCUGAGAUCAUUUCUGUCUGGUCAAUUAUUUGA